CUACGUUUGGUUAAUAAAUUCUUGCGGUAAGGUCUCCUAAAAGGAGUGCCUUGACAAGUGUUUUUUAUUCAGUAAUAUUUAGAACACCUGUUUAACAAAAUGGCUGAGAGCCAAGGCAAUUCUUCGAAUCAAGUUAAUCAAGUUCCAGGAUCAGAAAGAACAUUUAAUUUUCAACGUCUGGACUUUCGUUCGAACAAUGACAUUCAAAAAGAAUCAGCAGAAAAACGACGACAACUUAAGCUUGCUUUUCCAACUCAAUGUAGCAGCUUAUCAACUCCAAAUUUCACUAAUUCCAGUAAUUCUAAUUCUACUGAGACUUCAGCAAGUUCUCCUGUACCAUUAUCACGUCCCAUCUUGCCUUUACCAUUAACAAAGUUACCAAUUAAAUCCCGAACUGGACAACAACAGGGUUACUUUCCUGAAAAAGCUCGCGAUAAGCUUCGGAUGUGUCAGUCAAUGCAAAGUACCGGGAAAUUGCAAUUGUCUCCUGACACUGUGUAUGACUUUACAAGUGAAGAUCUUCAAGACCUGGGAGAAAUUGGAAGAGGAGGUUUUGGUACUGUAAAUAAAAUGAUUCAUAGGAUAAGCAAUACUGUCAUGGCUGUGAAGAGAAUUCGAUCUACAGUGGAUGAAAAAGAUCAAAAUCAAUUAUUGAUGGACUUGGAAGUAGUUAUGAAGUCCAAUGAAUGUCCGUGCAUCGUGCAAUUUUAUGGAGCUUUAUUUAAAGAGGGCGACUGUUGGAUUUGUAUGGAAUUAAUGGACACCUCGUUAGAUAAGUUUUAUAAAUUCAUUUACGAGAGAUUAAAUAAGAGGAUACCAGAAUCCAUUCUCGGCAAAAUAACUGUAGCUACAGUUAAAGCUUUGAAUUAUCUUAAAGAAAAGUUAAAAAUAAUUCAUCGUGAUGUUAAACCAAGCAAUAUUUUAUUGGAUCGUCGAGGCAAUAUAAAGUUAUGUGACUUUGGAAUUUCUGGCCAGUUAGUAGAUUCCAUUGCUCGAACACGAGACGCUGGAUGUAGGCCAUAUAUGGCUCCCGAGCGAAUAGAUCCACAGCGUGCUCGUGGUUAUGAUGUAAGAAGUGAUGUUUGGUCACUUGGAAUUACGUUGAUGGAAGUUGCAACUGGUUAUUUUCCAUAUCCAAAGUGGAAUUCCGUGUUUGAGCAGCUUUAUCAAGUAGUCCAAGGUGAUCCUCCACGAUUAUCGCCCAAUGGCAAUGGCAAUCAUUUUACAAUGGAAUUUGUAAACUUUGUUAACACCUGUUUAAUCAAAGAAGAGAAUCAACGGCCGAAAUAUAACAAACUUCUUGAUCAUCCAUUUAUAAGAAGAUCAGAAGAAGCACAAAUUGAUGUGGCAGGUUAUAUUAGUGGUAUUUUAGACAAUAUGGCAAAUAAUGGAGUAUCGCCUUUCACAACUAAUCAGCCUUAAUGAUAAAAAAAAUAAUUUGCAAGUAAAAAAUGAAAAAAUAAUAACAAAAAAAACUCUUUUAUUGAGUCUUUUGUUGCUGAAAUUUUUUGAAAAAUUUACUUGUAAAAUCAAAGAGGUUAUAUAAAGGAAGAAAGUAUGGGCUGAAAUCAUCUAGCAUGCAUAGGUUCCAUUUGUUGUCGCGCUUAGAGACUGUACUGUCGUUGUGUUGUGUCCUUAAUUAAAAAAAAAACCAAUAAAAAAGAGGAAAAAAGCAUAAAGAUAAAUAAGAAUAAUACAAAUAAAAAAAAACCUCAUAUUUAGCGAGUAGGGGUGUCACCAGUUACGGUGGCCUUUUUUAGAAAAUAUCAAAACGAGCGGAAAAUUGAGUCCAUAGCAUCCUUUACUCCCACAGCACUGUUGUGUAUAAUGUUAGUUCAUUAAUCAAUUCUACCACUUAAAUGUAAUCAAUAAUUAAAUGAUUAAAUCAGUAUGCAUAGAUUUCAUUGUUAUUUAAACUAAAAAUGAUUAUUUAUUAAUAAUGAUUAUAAAUAAUAAAAUACAUCCAUGCCGCUCGUUCUAUCUUGUGACACACACUCGUUUCUGAAUAAAAUUAUUUUACAUUUUAUAAAAAGGGUUAAUUGUAUAUAACUCUAGCAAUCAUGUAUAAUUUUAUUUUUUUGAUGAAAAUUCGAAUUCCAUUAUUGUGGUAAUUUUAAUAGACAAGCUUAUUACCGGCAUUUAGAUGAAACAAAAAAUAUUCUGUACUGUAAGAGAACAAUAAACAUCUGGAUAUUAAUUCAUUAAAUAAAAUAUUGAUACAUUUA